AUGCAGUCUCCAGUGACCAGAUUGGUAAGAAAAAGUUAUUAUUUAUGCAAAAGAGAUUUGGGAAUAUUUGUUCCCUUUCUUCAGAAAGCAAAUGAUCCCAUACAACAAUUAUUUGUCGAUAAAAUAAGAGAAUUCAAAGCAAAAAGCUCAAGUGGACAACUAGUCGAUCCUUCACCUGAAUUGCAAAAAGAAUUGCAAUCGGACAGAGAUAGACUAAUGAAACAAUUUGGAAUGAAAUCAGCCGAGGAAGCGAAACAAUUUCCAAAUUUUAAAUUUACCGAUCCACCUCUUCAACCAUAUGAUAUAACUUCAAAGUAA